CCCAAGUAUAGCUGGCAGCCCUGGAUCUAAGGUCUAUUUGUUCGCAGCUUUGGUUACAACGUUUUUGACGUUGCCUUUUACUUCCUGUAAUUUUAAUUCAGCCCUUUUUUCUCUACUAAAAUUUUCUAUUUAGUAGUUCAUUAAACCAUUUAGGACGAAGAGCUUUUUAAAUCCAUACGUCUUAUAUGCGUAUGUACAAAUAAAAGUAUUUAAAUUGACCAUUAAAUUAAAAGUGUCGAAUAUAAAUUGUUCCGCCGACGUCGCUUGAUUUUAUUGGUCAUUGGCUACGAAAACCGCGACACAAACAAAACGAAAAACAAAAACCAAACAAUGAAGAAUUGCUUAGGAUAAGAAAAAGGUAUUACAUACAUGCGACCGGCGAAAUAUCACCUCAUUUGCAGUAUUUAUUUAAGAAUAAGCAUACUCUGAUAUAGUGACGUGUCAUAAAGAAGUGCAGCAGCGAUACCAAAGGCAAAGUGUCGUUGAAAGCAAAUAAAAUUGUUCAAUUAGGUACAUAAAAUUAAAAGACAAUAAUGUGUGGAACAAAUACGACGGGCACAAAAGGUACACGAGCUCUCAUACUUGUUGGGGGCUAUGGCACACGAUUACGUCCAUUGACAUUGAGUACACCGAAACCUCUGGUGGAAUUUGCCAAUAAACCAAUUUUAUUACACCAACUGGAGGCAUUAGUGAGCGUUGGAUGUAUGCAGGUUAUACUUGCUGUCUCGUAUCGUGCAGAGCAAAUGGAACAAGAACUUAAGCAAGAAGCAGAGAAAUUAGGUGUAAAUUUAAUAUUUUCCCAUGAAACCGAACCUCUUGGGACUGCCGGUCCAUUGGCAUUGGCAAAAGAUAUACUCUGUUCUAGCGACGAACCCUUUUAUGUACUCAAUUCAGAUGUUAUAUGUGAUUUCCCCUUUAAGCAAUUAGAGCAGUUCCAUAAAAACCAUGGUAAAGAGGGCACAAUUGUGGUCACGAAAGUGGAAGAGCCAUCUAAGUAUGGUGUAGUACUGUACGACGAAAAUGGUCGCAUUGAAAAUUUUAUUGAAAAACCUCAAGAGUUUGUGAGCAAUAAAAUUAAUGCCGGUAUUUAUAUAUUCAAUACUUCUGUACUGGAACGGAUUGAAGUCAAACCCACAUCGAUUGAGAAAGAAGUGUUUCCCGCAAUGGCCAACGAAAGUCAACUGUAUGCAAUGGAAUUACCCGGUUUUUGGAUGGAUAUAGGGCAGCCGAAAGAUUUUCUAACAGGCAUGUGUCUUUAUCUAACAUCCCUGCGACAGAAGCAAUCAAUGCAACUUUACACCGGUCCGGGUGUAGUUGGCAACGUUCUAGUAGAUCCCACAGCGAAGAUUGGCGAGGGUUGCCGUAUCGGGCCAAAUGUUACAAUCGGUCCGGAGGUGGUAAUUGAAGAUGGCGUUUGCAUCAAGCGCUCAACAAUCCUCAAAGGUGCUAUAGUUAAGUCGCAUUCAUGGUUGGACUCCUGCAUUGUUGGUUGGCGUUCUGUAGUUGGUCGCUGGGUGCGUAUAGAGGGAAUCACAGUGCUUGGAGAAGAUGUUAUUGUGAAGGAUGAAAUCUACAUAAAUGGNACAAUGACACAACGGUAAACGCGAAAAUUUUUACAGACAAAUUUAUAAGUCGAAACUGAUAAUUUUUUAAAUUUUUUUGUAUGUAAGUUCAGGGGCUGAUGUAAUAAAAUAUUAAUGCGUACAUUAUUCAUUCAAAUAGAGACAAUGCUUGUUCGACUGGGUUCUGGGUUAUUUUACUUCCAUUUAGUUUUCAUUAUGUUUCAAUUGAAAUACAUAAUAUUUUUAGUGAAUUGAAUACCGUUCAUUCCAAGUUAAAUAUAUAAAAUCAGCUGAUCUAGUAACACCAUAUAUAUAUUCGCUUUAGUUCAUUCUCUAACAAAAACCAUAUAAACCCAAGCUACAAACUUUGUGCAACAAAAUUUCAAAUUUUUCCCAGAGUUUUUAGAAUUCAUCUGUGUGUGUAGUUUUGCAGCCCAUCUAGUUUAAGGAUAAUAAAGUGAAAUUUUUUUACCGACGAUCUUCCAGAGUUUUUUCCAUAUAAAAAAAAUGUGAGCAUGCGUUAAAGAGAACAAAUUGCGGUAUAACUCAAUAAAAAAUUGUUAAAAAUUAAUGGUAAUUUAUACCUACUUUAACUUGCACUUUAUUGUAGUAAACUUGAUUGGGCUGCAUACUUGAAAAAUUCUGAGAAAAAAGUUUGAGAUUUUGAUGCUCAUUUUUUUAAUUUUCUACGUAUCGAUGGUCCUGUGCAAUAACGACACAAUUGAAAAUUCAAAAAAUAAAAACCACUGUUAAGUGGCUCAUGUCUCUAAUUCUUAUUGAAUCUAUGUCUAAUCUUUAGUACGUACUUAAGCAGUCCUUACUGCUUACUUAAGUAAGGGUUGGAAAUGAAUUAUACAAGGAUUUAGGCAAGAACCACUUAACAGUUUUUAUUUCUUGAUUUUUGAAUUGUGUCGUUAUUGCAGAGGACCAUCAAUAUGUAGUUUGAAACUUGCGUUUAUAUGGUUUUUGUUAGAGAAUGAACUGUAUUUUAAUUGUAAAAUAAUGGAAAUUAAAUAAAAGAAAAAUAACCCACCCAAAAAGCCUUGUUUGUCCCUCUGCAGGUUUAUGGGAGUGUAUAGUGUUAACAUAUACUUACAUAUACAUAAAGUUAUAUUUUAUUAUGGCUCAAAACCCCGUUAAGUAUGAUGAAAUAAAAUUAAAUAAAUAAAGGCUUAAUACUUAUUUAUCAGUA